AUUAUAAACAACCAUUAAAGUUUUAGAACUAUUGGAUUUUACACUUUACACCACGAGAAUCGGGAAAUCGCAAGUCCAGCAACCCAAUUUUUCAGAACUAAAAUAACACAAGGAAAAUGGUGGAAAAUCACAAAUUCUUGAAUGAUCGUCUCUUCACACAAGGAUUAUAAAGAUUAUAAGAAAUGGGAAACAAUCGAACUCCACAAGCUGAAAUCGCCCAAAUCCUCGUUGAAUUUCUUGAAGUUGCCAUUACCUCUGUCAUUUUCCUCAAAGGAAUCUAUCCGAACGCGGCCUUCGAGAGGCGGCGGUACAUGAACGUGGUGGUUCAUAAAGCCGUACACCCUCAGCUACAUCAAUAUAUUCAUACAGCUCUUCAUGGGCUCCUACCUUUUAUCCAAAAGGGAUUGGUGGAAAGGGUCGUCGUGAUAUUCUUCGAGGAUGGUAAUGUGCCGGUGGAGAGAUUUGUUUUCAAGAUUGAUGUGAACCAGUCUUAUAAUUCUAUGGUGGAGCAAGCUGAUUUAGAGUUCUCUCUUAGGUCAUUUUUGGUUAAACUCCCUGUUUCAGAGCCUCUAACUAAGGCUCUUCCCCACAAUUCCAGGUGGGAAAUAACAGGUUACUUUCGUUCUUUGCCCGAGGCUAGCAGUAGCAAGAAUGCCGGUUUGUGGGUCCCAACAGAUACAAAGCAGUGGCAGCAACCAUCUCAGAUAAUUCCUAUCAAGUCCAUGAGCAGUGAUCCUCUAGGCUUGCAGCUGUAUUUGGAGCACCCGAGCCCAUCCGAGCCAAUGAAAUAAUAAUACUACGUUUGUUUGACAACGUUUGAGAAAUACGCAUCAAUUUUUUUAUCAAUUCAUGCAAUUUACACUUGCGCUAUAAGAUUACUGCAUGUUGUGCUGGUUCGAGUUUUCGGCCGGGAAUUGAAUUUUCAGUUGAAGGAUGAUAUGCUUAUAUCUACAACACGUGAAUAAACUCGAAAAAAGCUCACACUUGUUGAAAAGACUUAUGACCAAAUCAUUGUACUAGUGAUUUU